AAUAAGGCGGGCUCAGGAAUGCUGCUGGGAUUGCCAAGAAGUAGCUGUAGCAUUUCUUUCUCUAGUUUAUUGUUUAGUUUGCAGCCCAGGGAGGAUCAUUUAGUCCAGCCAUUCUGUUUUCCAGCUCCUCAACAUGUGGCUCCUUCUGCUGUUGCUUUUGGCCCUUUCCUUUCUGUACAGGUGGAACAGACAGAGACAAAUGCUAAGGAUUCUCACAGAUAAAUAUGUGCUAAUCACCGGCUGUGACUCUGGAUUUGGAAACCAUUUGGCAAAGAGUCUGGACAAACGGGGGAUGCAGGUACUUGCUGCCUGUCUGACUGAGAUAGGAGCUGAGGCCCUGAAGAAGGAAGCAUCAAGUAGACUGCAGACAGUGAUACUAGAUGUUACUGACAGCCAAAGUGUAAAAUCCACUGCUCAAUGGGUCACUGGUAUAGUAGGAGAUACAGGUCUCUGGGGAUUGGUAAAUAAUGCUGGCACUUCGAUUCCAUCAGCUCCAAAUGAAUGGCUAACAAAGGAGGAUUUUUCUAAAGUUCUAAAUGUAAAUCUGCUGGGUACCAUUGAUGUGACGCUGGGUGUGCUGCCUCUUAUUAGAAAAUCAAAGGGGAGAAUCAUCAACAUGUCUAGUGUCAUGGGUAGAUUAGCUUUCAUUGGAGGCGGAUACAGCAUCUCCAGACAUGGGGUAGAAGCAUUUUCUGAUUCCUUAAGACGUGAUCUUCAACCCUUUGGCGUCAGGGUUUCCAUCAUUGAACCUACAACUUACAGAACACCAGCUACAGACCUAAAAGCCACCCUCGAGAGCAUCCAUGCUAUUUGGAACAAAUGCCCUAAGCACAUACAAAACAGUUAUGGGCAACAGUAUUUCUUGGACUACUGCAAAGUAAUCAGGCAAAAAUUAUCUAAGUGCAGCCCUCAUGUGUCUCAGGUCACAGACUGUAUGGAACAUGCACUGACUGCAGUAAAUCCAUGGACACGCUAUUCUGCAGGAUGGAAAACUAAGCUCUUCUACCUCCCAUUGUCCUACUUCCCUACUGUUGUAUCUGACUACCUGCUGAGUCACUCUUUUUCCAGGCCAACCUGACUCUUUACAAAUGAAUCACUGACAAAACGAUUUACAUGGCCUAUUUCAAAAUGUGCUUAGGUCUCCUCCAAAGGCAUCCAGUAGACUCAUUCAGGAUUUAUCACCCUUGUUGGUUCUUAGGUGGGUACUAGGCAGUCAGUCACUUUCACAUUUAGCCAGAACAGGAGAUCUCAGAAGCAGAAAAUUGACCUAUCCUGAUGUAAUGGUGAGAUUAAUUAAUUAUCAUUGCAAUUAACAAAACCCAGCAAGUGGUAGGUGAUUUUGAAUAAAUUUGCUUCACAAAUAAUCUUUAGCAUUUUUUGCUCAUUGUAGCUGAAACAUAGAGGCUCACUUAAAAAAGUGUGAUUUGUGCCAGUUUUUUGCACUUGAUUGCACCACAUUACUUUCUCACAGUGCAACACUUUUCCACUGGGCACUUGUAACUGUGAAAA